GAAACGUUAAUUUGGAACCACGCACAAUGGUGCGGUGAUGUGUGUUUUAAUCUAUUAUUAGGGUUUUGAGUUGCCAACGGCGUGGCCACUGUGUUCGGCCAGUUCAAGUUAAACAUUGGCCGUGUGUGGACCGUGCUUCUCGUGGCAAGAUGUUAGCAAUAGGCAGUUUGUUGGGUGUGCUAUUCUCGUUGGCGCAAGUCGAUACGGCCAACAUAUUGUGCCUGAUGGGAGUGGCCAGUCCUAGUCAUCAUAUAUGGAACCGAUCCAUAAUGGACGCGCUGGCCCGUGCGGGACACAACUUGACCAUCCUGUCGGCAGAUGUCGAACGGAACCAGCCCAACAAUGUGCACUACGUCCAGUUAGAAGAAAUAUAUCCCACGCUGUACAGUGGUCCUGAGUCGCUGGAUCUGCUCGAGAUGGCCAACGAGAACCCGUUCAAAAGUAUCGUUUCGUUCUAUCGAGAUUUCGUGGUGCUCGAAUGUGCUGGAACUCUUAAGUCGAAAGGACUACGCACCCUGAUGAACUACCCGGACGAUUUCCGGUUCGAUCUGGUCCUGCACGACUUCACCU